GUCAGGGGGCUUCAGAGCGCAGCGGACACCACCAUGAAGGCGCAGUAAGCUGAGCUUCAGCCUCUGCUCCAUCCAGGCUGCCCCCCCCCUCCCCAAAAAAAAGAGAUCUAAGAUCUUAGACUAGAUCAGGAUGAGUCUUUUGACUGAAAACGUUUGACGGUAGCUGCCUCCUGAUCUGUGACAGACGGAGAAUUAGGAUUUCUUUUUACUCAGACGGAACCGGACCAGAGCAGAACCAUGCCAGUUGGACCCAUUGAAUGCCCGCUGUCCCCCUCCCUCCCCAGGGACUGCGGACACGAGUGCAGAGUGUGCGGCGUGACAGUGGUAAGCCUGACCGAAUACGCCAGCCACAUUUCCAGUUCCUGGCACAAACAGAACGUGGACAAGAGUCCUGGGGGGGGCGAGCUCAGCCAGGAGAACUUUGACCAGGCUCUGGUGGACCUGAUCCAGAAGAGGAAGGACAAGAUCAGGAAAGAAAAGGAAGCUGCUGCUGCAAAGGUGGCAAAAGAGGAAGAGGAGCGACGGAAAAAGGAGGAAUUUCAGCAGAAACUGCAAGACGCGAAGGAUCGUUACCGAUUAGCACGUGCCAGGCAGCCGCCGCUGCAAGGCUACCGACACCAGUUUUCCUGUUACCAGAACCAGGCCAGCGGCGAGGAGGCAAAAGCAGGUCAACACGUUAAAAAAGGCAAGGGUGCCACCUGGCAUGCCCAGGCCCCUCCAGACCUGCAGAAAUGGGCAUCUGGAGACCUUACUACUGAAGGAAUGAAGCACCCAGGGGGGGGCAGCAGCAAGACAUGGGGCCAUGGUGCGCUCUUUAGAAGUCAGCAGAACUACCUGCCGUGGCUGAAUAGCGGGGGGAGCAGUCACGGGCUCUAUGGCCACAACAAUGUCAAUUGUUCCUAUAGGCCCUACCUACAGAGAAACAUGGGCGCUCCACCCUUCUGUGACUGGCUAAAGCAAACCCUGCAAGAUCCCGGAGCUCGAGGGGUGGGGUCUGAACACAGCAGCAGGACUAACGGCAGCAACCCGGUACCAGACAAAGGCUGCCGCUGGUCACCCUAUCCCGUAACACCCGCCCCUCAGGCUGAAGCCCACCCACAUGCUCUGGAGAUCAGCCAAGGCCCCAAAACAAAGCAGGAAAAGACAGCAGAAACUGGUGCCUUCAUUUGCAGCAGACAGGAAAAAUCUGGAGGAAGAAAAGUAAAUUCUGCUCCCAAAGAUGAAAGUAAGGCCAGUGGUUUCCAUAGAGAGGCUUCUGUUUCCAGCCAGCAGGCAGAAGGAAAGGUUUCCUCCGCUGUCAGGGGAGGAGCUCAGCUCAGCAAAGCUGCUGGUCAGGCUCCUUCACAGCCUAACCCCAGACCCAAGGCCAUCCCAGUAUCCUCCACUGCAGCCCAGCACACAGGGUCACAGAGACCCAUGUCAGAGUCCUCCACUACAGCCCAGCACACAGGGUCACAGAGACCCAUGUCAGAGUCCUCCACCACAGCCCAGCACACAGGGUCACAGAGACCCGUUUCAGAGUCCUCUACUACAGCCCAGCACACAGGGUCACAGAGACCCAUGUCAGAGUCCUCCACUGCAGCCCAGCAUACGGGGUCACAGAGACCCGUUUCAGAGUCCUCCACUGCAGCCCAGCAUAGGGGGUCACAGAGACCCGUUUCAGAGUCCUCCACUGCAGCCCAGCACACAGGGUCACAGAGACCCAUGUCAGAGUCCUCCACUACAGCCCAGCAUAUGGGGUCACAGAGACCCGUUUCAGAGUCCUCCACUGCAGCCCAGCAUAUGGGGUCACAGAGACCCGUUUCAGAAUUUUCCACCGCAAGUCUUCAAACAAGGUCAAGGAGACCAAUCCCAGAAUCUUCCAGUACAGUAAAGCAGGCAGGGUCACAUAGACCCGUUCCAGAAUUGUUCACUGAAACUCUGCAGACGGGGUCACAGAGACCCAUCCCGAAAUCCUCCCCUGCAGCUCAACAGACAGGGUCACAGAGACCCAUCCCACAAUCCUCUCCUGCAGCCCCACAGACAGGGUCACUGAGACCCAUCCCACAAUCCUCCCCUGCAGCUCAACAGACAGGGUCACAGAGACCCAUCCCACAAUCCUCUCCUGCAGCCCCACAGACAGGGUCACAGAGACCCAUCCCACAAUCCUGCCCUGCAGCUCAACAGACAGGGUCACAGAGACCCAUCCCACAAUCCUCUCCUGCAGCCCCACAGACAGGGUCACAGAGACCCAUCCCUCAAUCCUCCCCUGCAGCUCAACAGACAGGGUCACAGAGACCCAUCCCACAAUCCUCUCCUGCAGCCCCACAGACAGGGUCACAGAGACCCAUCCCACAAUCCUCUCCUGCAGCCCCACAGACAGGGUCACAGAGACCCAUCCCACAAUCCUCUCCUGCAGCCCCACAGGCAGGGUCACAGAGACCCAUCCCACAAUCCUCUCCUGCAGCCCCACAGACAGGGUCACAGAGACCCAUCCCACAAUCCUCUCCUGCAGCCCCACAGACAGGGUCACAGAGACCCAUCCCUCAAUCCUCCCCUGCAGCUCAACAGACAGGGUCACAGAGACCCAUCCCACAAUCCUCUCCUGCAGCCCCACAGACAGGGUCACAGAGACCCAUCCCACAAUCCUCUCCUGCAGCCCCACAGACCGGGUCACAGAAGAGCUGUGCCAGAGGCAGAGAGGAAACUUUCUCAGAGAUACUCGGUCACAGCAAAGAAACACAAAGCCUCUGCAGUUCAGCUAAACUAGACACUUCAGACCUAGCUGGGCCCCAGGAGUCUGCAGUGCCCCCUUCAGACAACAACCCGUCCCCGCAGUCCCUGCUGGUCAGCACCUCUGUCUUAGACAGCCCUUGGCCGGGAGGCUCAGUCAGGGAGGAAGAGGAGGACGGAAAGGAUGAGGCUGUGGGGUUGGGCCAAAGUCUGAACAGUGAUCCCUCCAGAGGCGCUGAAGCGGCCUCGCCUUCAUCCAAACUGGACCUCCCCCAUGUCCUAAAACGGGACCUUAGCAAACACAUCAGCUCCAAAAACAAGGCCGGAGGCCAUGAGCCAAACUUGAAUAUCGCUAGACGUGUCCGGAACCUGAGCGGGUCCCGGAAGCAUGAGGCGGACAGGGACUCUGGACUAAAGCCCACUGUGCGCCAGCUACUGAGCAGCUCUGCUUCACGCCGCUGCGUGAACUGGGAGCAGCUCUAUGACGAGCUCCGGAAAAAGCAGGACAAGGGGAAAGGCAUGCCCAGGUUUGGGAUAGAGAUGGUACCAAAUGAGCAGGACUGCCCAAGACAGGAGGAGGAAGCCCUCCUGGAGGGUUUUGAUUGGGACCUGGUGACGACCCGAAAACGCUCCCUAUCAGAGAGCAGCCUUGCACCCUCCUCCUCCUCCCUGUUGGCCCCCUGUGUCUCAGAGGAGCCACCACAGAGGAUGCAUCUGAGCUCAGAGCAGCAGAGCGCCGCCUCUCCACCCCAACAGCGUCUUGCGGCACACAGGCAGCCGGACACACUAAUGUCCGCCUCUGUCAAAGUCCUGCAGAGGUCCGAGUCUGUCGGGGGGGACAGCAGCUCUGGGAUGGAGCAGUGUGAUGGCCAGGGAAGCUGCAAAAGGCGCAGGGCAGCCACAGACGGCCAGAGUGCAGAGGCAUCCUGCUUGGAGCAUAACAGCAAAAGAAGGAAGGUCAAGUCAAAGAAAGAGCGUCUGCACAUCGACCAGCUUCUGUCUGUGUCUCUGCGGGAGGAGGAGCUGAGCCGGUCCCUGCAAACCUUAGACAGCAACCUGAUCCAGGCCCGCGCUGCGCUGGAGGCUGCCUACAUGGAAGUGCAGCGCCUCACGCUGUUGAAGCAGCAGAUCACUGUGCAGAUGAGCACGUUGAGGAACACUCGCAUAGACCUGCUGAAAGGGAUGCAGGGCACCAGAGAAGAAACCUCUCUGCUCAAAGUCAAAGAAGAAAAGAGCGACGCCCCCGUACCCAGCUCUACUGCUCUCACUCUUCAUCACCCUGCAGGAGACGCCGCCCCUUCCCCUCCUAGCCUGCAGUCCAUCCCUGUAGUCAUCAAAGCAGAGCCGCAGUCCCCGGUGAUGGUCUCCCAGCAGUGCCCAGAGGAGGAGGGGGCUCCCUGCGUGGACGGUCCCUACGUUCGGCUUCAGGACGCUGCUCCUGCUGCGCCCCCUGGAGGAAAACCCGAGUCCAGCAGUGAAGACCCUUCAGGCUGCAGGGAUCAGCCUCCCAGCUCUGUCCUCACAGUGGACGAGAGCAUCCAGGCGUCCAAUGACAGGAUCCCCCCUCCCACUGACUGCAGAUCCCCCGUCAAGCUGUCGCCCAGCAGGAGGGGCUCUGAAGAAGGGGCUGCCGCUGGCCGUCCAUCAACCCUGAACACGCCCACCUACUCACCUGAGCUGAAGAGCGGAGCACGUGUGAGGAAGCUGAGGAAGAGGAAGUCGCUUAAGAAGGCUGCUGCUGGGGCCAAGCAACCUGAGAGCAGCGACUCUGAGGGAGACGAAGAGGCCUGCAGACCACGGUGGCUGCGUCUGCGCAGGCGAGGCAGCGCUGGCUCUCAGAGCAGCAGCUGCAGCCUGCCUGCAGACGACAGGGAGGGCAGGAGAGCCCUGAGGUUGAUGUUACCCACCAUCAGGCUCCAAAAGGUCAACCCUAAACUCUACAAACAGGAGCAGGAAAACCUAGAUUCAGUAGAAAACAUGGAGGUCUCUGCAGCGUGUCACACCCAGGCUCCUGCUUCACCUCCUCUUCCGAGUUACAGCUUGGCCUGCAGCCAGGUCUCCUCCACCAGUGACAUGGACCUGUGCAAAUCCUCAGAGAGCGAUUUUCCCUUUUCCGUUGUCCACCCCAGGAACUCCUCAGUGUCGUCUGACCACGGAGGGGAUCAGGGGCCCACUGAGGGGGCGUUCAGCGGCCACCAGGAGGCGGUGAACGGCAUGGACAUCCACGACGGACUGCUGUACACGUGUUCAGGAGAUCGAACCGUCAGAGUGUUUGACUUGGUGACUCAUCAGUGUGUGGGCGUGAUGGAAGGCCACGCCUCCAAAGUCACCUGCCUGCUGGUGUCUGCUUCGCCGUCCCUCCCCCACCGCCUGUACUCUGGCUCCAGCGACCAGAGCAUCCGCUGCUACAGCCUGCAGACACGAGAGCUGGAGCAGCAGUUUGUCGUCUCAGAGAGAGUCCUCUGCCUCCACAGCCGCUGGACGUUGUUGUACGCCGGUCUGGCCAACGGCAGCGUGGUGACUUUUGACCUGAAGACCAACAAACAGAUGGAUGUGUGGGACUGCCACGGACUGCGAGGCGUCAGCUGCCUGGCCACGUCACAGGAGGGGGCGUGCAGGAUCCUGCUGGUGGGCUCCUACGACAGCACCAUCACCGUGAGGGAUGCUGGGAGCGGGCUGCUGUUUCGCACGCUGCACGGGCACGCCAAGAGCGUGCUCUGCAUGCAGGUGGUGAAGGAUCUGGUCUUUAGUGGAUCCAGUGAUCACUGUGUGCGCGCCCACAGCAUCCACACGGGGCAGCUGCUUCACGUCUACCGCGGCCACAGCCACGCCGUCACUGUGGUCUCCGUCCUGGGGGGGGUGAUGGUCACCGCCUGCCUGGACAAACUGGUGCGGGUCUUUGACCUGCAGUCUCAGAACCAGCGACAGGUCUACGGGGGCCACCGGGACAUGGUGCUGUGCAUGAACGUCUACAAGAACAUGAUCUACACCGGCUGUUAUGAUGGCAGCGUGCACGCCGUCCGCCUGAACCUGUCGCACAGCUUCCCCUGUAGGUGGCAGGGCUGUGCGCUGGUGUUCGGGGUGAUGGAGCACCUGCAGGAGCACCUGACCUCGGUGCACGCUCGAGCCGGCGGCGUCCAGACCGUCCGCUGCCGCUGGAAAGAGUGCGAGGACGUGCUGUGCGCCCGCAGCUCUACACAGACCCUGCUGCUGCACAUGCACAAACACACAGAGGAGGACGUGCAGCCCUAGGGGCCAGAGGGGGGAGUGUCCUUCCUCCCCGAGCUCCUCCUCCUCCUCUACAAGCUACUCCUCCCCAUAUUGGGGGGGGGGGGUCAUUCUUGGGACCCACUUGACAUGACGGCUUCCACCGUGCCUCAUGGGUGUUGAAAUCCAACCUUAAACUGUGAUGGGGGGUGGUCCGUCUGUUUAACACCCCCCCUGGAUCUACGUGUUCAUCGACCAAAGACGAUGAAGAAACUCUGGAGCUGCGGCUCGGAGAGAAUCUGCAGCUUUGACUUUUUGCUUUUCUUAUCGUUUUUUAAUUUUGCCGCCGUUGGCUCGUUUUUUUUUUCUUUUCUUUUGAUCUCUGCGCCCCGCAUGCGCCUUUUUCCCGUUUGGUCCGGGAUGACUGAGGGGUCUGGUGAUGAUGAUGAGGUUUCGGCGCCGCGUUUGAAGGAGUUUUACUGAAGGUCAGAUGUCACAGUAGAGGGAGAACAAGGCCGGACUUUUCCUCCGUUAGUCUUUAGUGUGUUUCUCAUUCAGGCGUGAAGAAGCGUUCGGUUUGCUCUGAGGUUUGCCUUUGGGGGCGGGACAGAGCUCAGGUGGGGGAGGGGCUUAUUUCUGUUGCAUUUCUCCUCAGAGGUGGGUUCAUGAAGGAGCUUUCCAAAGGUUGGAGUGUUGUGGCUCAGUCAUGUGCUUUUAGUUUUCUACUGAUGAUGGUUUCUGAUAAAGUGUGUGUGUGUUAGGGCGGAGUUUAGAGGUGUUUGAUGGAUGAUCCUGCAGGGAAGAAGUUGACUCCAUGCUGAAGCGGAUUCACAGUAAUGGAGAUUCUCCUGAAGGCAGGUGGAACGUUGAUUUUUGGUCAUCUUUUUUUUUUUUUAGUGUGUUUUGUCCCGUGUCUGCUCAAAGUGUGCGGUUCUCCUCCGGCCUGCGUUCCUGAGUUUCUUCUAAAGUGACGUUUGUUUCUGGAUCUGUUUUUCUAAAAAGUGCAUUUUAAGCAGCUGUUCUGAAUAAACCUGUUUGCAGCGUCACCA